AUGUACGAGAGACAACUACCUGUGACCACCUGCCGGAUACACCGUGCUGCCUCAGACGCCGGCAACUGUGCGUUAGUAUCUUUUGUCAGGGAUGGUUCCACAUCUAGCUCUCCACUGCUAGGGACAUUUUGUGGUAAUGAGAUUCCUCCCAGGCUUCAGUCCACUCAGGCAUCUAUGUACGUCCACUUCAGGACCGACUCCUCUGUCAGCAACCAUGGCUUUGAAGCAGCCUAUAGCGCUGCCUUGGAGGGCUGUGGCGAUACCCUGACUAGUCCUUCAGGCACCAUCACAAGCCCUGGCCACCCCACCAACUACCCCCAUGGUGCCAACUGUACAUGGUACAUCAGUGUUCCGCCAGGCAACCUGGUUCGGCUUUCGUUUGACUCCUUCAACCUGGAGUACCACGAUAACUGUAAUUAUGAUUACCUUGAGGUGUACGACAAUGGCACUGUGCAGACUGGAACCAAGAUUGGCAGGUAUUGUGGGCGUUCAGUACCUCCAUCCAUUACCAGUACUGACAGCCUGUUGACCCUGUUGUUUGUGUCUGACUCAAGUUUAGUCACAGAGGGAUUUGCUGCCAGCUAUGUUUCUGUCAAUGCCACCACAGACUGUGGUGAGACCUUCACCUUCCUUACAGGGUCUUUUAGUUCACCCAACUACCCUGACAACUAUCCCAACAAUAGAGACUGCAUUUUUAAGAUCAUUGUGGAUGUCAACAUGCAGAUUAUGCUGAAUUUCACCAACUUUGAAUUGGAGGGCUCCCCUCCAUCUUGCAGAUUUGACUUUGUGGAGAUCAGGGAUGGUGGCUAUGAGACAUCCCCUUUGAUUGGUAAGUUCUGUGCCAAUCAGGGGCCUCCAAUCCUGGUAUCCCACAGCAACCGUCUUUGGGUGAGAUUCCGCUCAGAUGCCACUGUCACACGUCUUGGAUUCACUGCCCACUGGGAUGCCGCGCAGACUGGUUGUGGAGGAAUGUUGACCACUGCAUCUGGGGGAUUUUCCUCCCCUAACUACCCCUUGCCCUACCACCCUAAUGUUGAGUGCUACUGGAACAUCAGGACCAGCCAAGGCAACCAGCUCCUUCUUUUUUUCGUUGAUUUCCACCUGGAGUCCAGCUCGUCCUGCUCUUAUGAUUACCUGUCUGUGCAUGAUGGUAACAGCAGCAGUGCUCCCAUCCUGGCCAAGUUGUGUGGCAGUCAGCUGCCGAGCACCAUCAACUCUUCCAGCAAUCAGCUUUACAUCAAAUUGCGCACUGACAGCAGCAUCAGCACAGGAGGCUUCCUUGCAUCAUACACCUCCAAAUGCCGUAAUAUGCUUAUCUCAAGCCAGCACAAAGGAGUGGUGGAGUCACUGAAUUUUCCCAACAACUACCCAGAAAACUCCCAGUGCAGCUGGACCAUUCAAGCCAGCAAUGGAAACACUGUCAACUACACCUUUACAGCCUUCCAACUAGAGGCCACCUCCAGCGUUUGUGCCUAUGACUACAUCAAGCUCUAUGAUGGGCCUAACGAGCAAGGUCUUCUGAUUGGUACAUUCUGUGGAUACACCCCUCCGCCAGCCAACAGCACUACAAGCUCAGCCCUCACCAUGGUCUUCAGAACAGACUCCUCUGUGUCUAUGUCAGGCUUCCAGAUGAUGUGGUACCAGAAUGGUUGUGGUGGGGAGUUAUCUGGUCCCAGUGGCUCCUUUACCAGCCCAGACUACCCCAACAGAUAUCCAGAAAACAGGGAGUGUAUCUGGUAUAUCACCACAUCAGCUGGCAGCAGCAUGACCCUGACUAUCCUUGAGUUUGAUGUGGAGUUCCACCAAGACUGCAACUAUGAUGUGCUUGAAGUGUAUGGAGGCCCAGACCUGUCGGCUCCUCAGCUGGCUAAGCUCUGCAGCACCACAUCAAGCCCAAUGCAUGUCUCCAGCACUGGUAACUUGCUGACCGUCCGCUUCAAGUCUGAUGCCUACGUCAGUGGUCGAGGUUUCAAUGCAAGUUGGGCUGAAGUCCAGGGAG